CAAAUGUCUUCAGGCUUAGGUCCCUGGGGGCUCCCAGUCCUGCCCCUGUUCCUCUACUCACGUCCCAGCUCCUCCCAGUUUCUAUUCGGACCUCCUCCUCUCCCCUUCCUUCUCUAUUCCAGGCUGGGUUGGGCUCUAAGCAAGGGGAGGGAUUAGAGCCUCCUUCCUCUCUGCCCCUCCCCAUGGGUCUCUAGGGGGCUGGUGCAGGCAGCAGCAGAGGCACUCUGGGCAGCUGGGUGAGGGCCCAUCUGGGCAAGGCCCCCAGCGCCUGCCUUCUCUCCCGGGGCCCUGUGGGCAAGCCUCCUGCUUCACUUUCAGGUUUCUCGAAGUGCCUUCUUGCUCCUGUCUGUUUCCCCAUCCUGCCAGAUUUCUGUUUCUCUUGCUGGGCUUUUGGCAGUAGGGGGCUGUGUUGAUGGGCCCUACGAAGAUGCUCAGUGCUCGAGAUCGCCGGGACCGGCACCCUGAGGAGGGGGUAGUUGCAGAGCUCCAGGGCUUCGCGGUGGACAAGGCCUUCCUCACCUCCCACAAGGGCAUCCUGCUGGAAACCGAGCUGGCCCUGACCCUCAUCAUCUUCAUCUGCUUCACGGCCUCCAUCUCUGCCUACAUGGCCGCGGCGCUACUGGAGUUCUUCAUCACACUUGCCUUCCUCUUCCUCUAUGCCACCCAGUACUACCAGCGCUUCGACCGGCUUAACUGGCCCUGUCUGGUUUUUGGCAUCAUCCUGGUUUCCAUCUUUGCCUAUGAUGCCUUCAAGAUCUACCGGACUGAGAUGGCACCCGGGGCCAGCCAGGGGGACCAGCAGUGACUCUGGGGCUACCUGGCUCCUAGGCCCAGCCAGCCAGAGAGGACAGUGGAGCCCAGACAUGUCUCCUUGGGAUUCACUAGCCCCCAGCCCGCCAAACCCCACCCCAGCCCUACAGAGCAGUCUGGCCUGAGACGUCACUGGGGACUUAUCUGUGGAGCCUGGUGCUCCAGGAUGUGGCUCCUCAUGAAGCUCUGGCCAGAGGAGGGGAACUUAUUGGGGGAGGGGGGGUGGAGGGGAGGAAUCUGGGGCUCUAAGUCAUUCCCAAAUUAAAAUAUUCAAAUUCUA